GAUGUGAUAAUAACCAGUUGUUAUACUUGAAAAACAGACGGAUGUGAUAAUACUCUGUUAUACUUGAACAACAGUAGGAUGUGAUAAUAAUCAGUUGUUAUACUUGAAAAACAGACGGAUGUGAUAAUAAUCAGUUGUUAUGCUUGAACAACAGACUGAUGUGAUAAUAACCAGUUGUUAUACUUGAACAACAGACAGAUGUGAUAAUAAUCAGUUGUUAUGCUUGAACAACAGAUGGAUAACUGUUUCAUUCAGAAAAUCCCCAAAUGAUUCUGUUCUCAGAAGACAUAAACAUCAGAAGGAGUUUCCAUGUUAAUUAUGUGUGAAAAGAACACAUUUGUCUGAACCAAUUAUCGUCAGAAACACAUACAGAGGCAUGUGAGGAUUAUCAGUCUAACUACAUCAAGAAAUUGAUUACCUGCAACGAGAGACCAUUGAUGAAGAGUGUCAAGAUACAUACCAGUCAAAUGGGAGCUGGUUUGUGAUUGUGGCUGAUACGUAAAAUACCAGGGUUGUGAUUGGUUGAUGCAAGACAUAGGUGGUUUGUGAUUGGCUGAAUCAUGAAAUGAGUGUGGGAAGGUACAGAGUUAUCAUUCCUCAACACCGGUGGGUUUUCCCAGUCCAUGAAUCUUGGACCCAAUGAAACAGUAAAGACAUGUAUAUCCUUGACUGCCUCCUGACUUGAGAAGGGAGUAUAUAGAUGACAUGAUGCUGCUGUCAGUGUCAAUAUGCCAUCUGGCAUCUUGGGAUGCUGAGAGAAUUUGAUCUGAAUGGUAACAAUGCAGGAUGACAACAUGAUCAUCACAGAAUUCUCAAUGAAAUCGAAACAAAUGUUCUUGACAGAUUGUCUGUGAUAUUUAUUUCAAUUUUGCUGUUGGAAACAUAAGAAUGACGACAACAGAUACAGCUGUGAAUAGUUCGAAUGACAACUACACGUCUUAUGGAAUGAACUUUCCGAAUUUCACCGAGGAUGACUCCUUCAAACGUAAGCUUCUUACGUACUAUCUUAUGGGCGUUGGCGGUAUGACUAUAAGCUGCCUUGGUAUCAUUGGUAAUAUCUUGUCAAUUGUUGUGCUCACAACGAAAUCCAUGCGUUCAUCAACCUACAUGUUCUUGGCAGCCUUGGCCGCAUGUGACACACUCGUGCUUAUCGUCACAAUGCUGAUGCUAAUUAAGGACACCAAGCCCCCGCAGAAAUACUCGGUGGAUUUGUUCGAGGAACCUUACUAUGCCUUCAUCUUUCCCUAUGUACACCCCAUAGCUAUAACAUUCCAGGUGACGUCCAUAUGGUUGACACUGGCGUUUACUGUUGACCGAUACAUCAUGAUUUGUCACCCAUUCAGGGCCGAGACAAUGUGCAGUCGGGGCAGGGCGCGAAAAGUCAUCAUCGCCUUGUUUGUUGCUGGAAUUAUUUUCAAUUUGCCACGGUUCUUUGAAUAUAACACGUUGGAGAUAACUUACGAGGAUAUGAACAACCAGACAAUGGAGAUGUACAUGAUAGAGUUGACAGCAGUGGGGAACAAUGAGUAUUUUAAAGAAAUUGUUCAUUCCUGGAUGUAUCUUAUAUGUGUGUGUGGCCUCCCGUUCUUGACUCUCGCCGUUCUUAACUACUUUCUCAUACGUGCAGUUCACCUCUCGCGUAGAAAAGGCAAGGAAAUCAAUGUCCGUGAGAAGCGUCGGAAUGACACUACGAUAAUGUUGAUAGGAGUGGUUGUUGUGUUUCUCAUUUGCCAGGGUCCUGCCCUCGUCUCACGUAUGAUGUGGGCAUUUAGCUCUCUUGCUAAACUUGAUUCGCCAUAUCACACGCUAAGUGAAGUUGCCAACUUUCUAGUUAUCAUGAACUCAGCAAUCAAUAUUGUGCCAUAUUACUUUUUUGGCAAAAAAUUUCGCAAGGAAUUCUGGAGACUGUUUUGUUCAUGUGUGUUUAAUAAAGAAGAACUACGGAAAAUGACCCGGAGUUUCAGCAUCUCUGUAGCCGAUGGCAACCGUAAGCAUAAUGUUGCUCCUCACGAAAUAAAUGGAAUGGAAAUGAAUGGUCUGAAACAUCUCCACCCUGCGUUACUGGCACCGAAGGACAGUGUUGCUGCCCCUUUAAUUGAUGAGCGAGAUCGGUCAGUCUCUGACGCAUCAGACCUCAGUGGCUAUGAAUACAACCCAAAGAAAACAGCUCACUUUUAUCCCAGCUCAAAUCAGCUUCAAGUCAAUGGGAAACAGCCAGGCUACCUCAUCGCUUCAACUGUGGAGGAUAAAUAAGUGCAACCAAGACAAAUUGUGUACUUAACUAUUUUAACAAUAUUGUGUGAAUAACGUAAAUUUACCUGAACACUGGACUGAAUAUAGAUGUACUACUUAUUGAUUUAUAUGCUUGUCUGCCUAUGUGAUAUGGAGAUAAACCUUUAAACGCGCAGUGAGCUGAUCAAACCCUUACUGACAUGGCAUGGUUCUGUUCACAUGUGAGUAUUUCAUGUGCUUAUCCUGUUAGAAGCCGACAGGUAUAGUGUGCAAUUAGGGGUAAGGCAUUUAUAAAUACCAGAUUAGAUUUUCAUCCAAAUUUUUCAAAAAUGUAAGGCAGAAGGCAUUUUGUUUUUUUAAACAAACAUUUCAAUGCUUCUUUGGCCAUUAACUGUCAAUGUGUGUGAAUCACAUGAGGUUGAGUUUGACUUGUAUCUGGAGGAUUACAUCAGAUAAAGAAGAAGAGAACAAACUGAGUUCUGCAUCUGUAGGUAUUGGGUACAGGAAGAUGACGUGAUGUGGGGUGUUCAUUAGUGAGACAGGCAAGGUUGAACAUCUAAUAAUCUAUGUGUUCUGUCAUAAUCUUGAAUCAGUUUGUGAGGCCACCACUGUUAAUGUCUUGUUUUACAAAUGACCUGACUCUUUAGGUUUGAUUUUGGAAAAAAUUACUAAACCAUAUUUGAUGCUGUAUUUGAAAUAUGUUUUUUAUAAGAAAAAUUCUACUCUAGUUUGAAUUUUUGUUUUCCUUUUUGUUAUGAAAUUUACCCCAAUCCAACCCUUAUAACAUUUAAAUUUUUUGAAAGUUUUGCAUACUGCCGUAUUUCACAUUGACCAAGAACAUCUGGGAACGAGUCACUACUCCUGGCUCUGGGCCUCUAUUCUUCUAUUUUUAUUAUUUCUUUGAAAGAGGCUGUGCUUCAAAAUUAUGUGAUAUGACUUAAUAGUUUGUUAUGUAAUUAGAAAACACUGAGCACUUUUCACUUUGUAAUAAGUGAAAUGAUAGUUUUCAUUUACUGAUCUAAAAUGAGACUAUUAUUGACUUUUCCUUAACUGUUUCAUGCACACAAAAUACGGAAACUUUAAGUGAUAACUUUUCAUUUUACAGACAUAUUAUGUCAUUCCACAGUCACAUUAUACUUCAAGUAAACAGUAAAAUAUUUUAUUAUAUAUUAUAUAAUAUUUCAACAUGUGUUCCUGCACCUAAGUUUCCAUAUGGUAGAAAAGAUUUGAAAGCACUUUUUGAUUCAUAAACACAUGCUCAUGAUAUAGUCGGAAUUGUACAAUCGACUCUUUAUGCAGAAAGAUUUUGUGUAAAACAGCCUAUGAAAACUAACUUUAUCCCCAAAAAGAUUGAAACAUUUCAGAAUUAAGGUGUAAUAUUUUUUGUUGCUUGGUUACCAGCCAAUGAGAAAAAAAGAAUUCUGUUUAGAAUUUUUUUUUACCACUGAGUCUGAUAGCCUAGGAAAAAAAAAACGUAAAUUGUUUUCCAGCCUGGCCCAGACAAGUGAAGCAUGCUCUCUGAUCUCUACACGUCCGCUCAAAGUGAAAGAUAAAGACAGAGGAUUACUAUUUAUAGAUUCACCUGCCUUAUUUGUUGACAAUUUAAGAAUAUAAAUUGAAAGGUAUAAUUUUAUCCUUGUUUUUAUUUUCAUCUCUGACUUGGGAUUUUUAGCCAAACAAUCUCGCUAACCAUCAAAAUAUAUCAAACCUUUUUUUAUGAUUCAUUGAUUGAACUUCUCUCCUGGAUCCUAUUCUGACAAAUGACAUAUCCUUCAUUGAAACAAGCUAUAUAUGUUAUUAAUGAAGCUGUUGUUUCGUUUGAUUUACAUUGUUUUUGUCCUUUGUCAAGAAUCCUGACAGAACAGGUACACGUAAGUGUGCAUUCACAGAUGUACAGCUGUUGUUAUUACCAUCUGUUAUAUAUCUGCACAUGUUUUAAGUCACAAUUUUGCCAAAUUUUGAAUUUCUCGUGUUAAGAAGUAAUUUAAUUGUUUCUUGUAUGUUCUUGUACUUUUAACACUGACUAAUACUAAAUGCUCAAAUACGAAGUUCAACUUCAAGUUUAUUUUCAUCAUGUUGGAUAUUCUGUUAUAUCAUUCAGAAUAAACAUUUGAUAUUUCA